AUGGAUGAACAGAAGGUGCCCAGUGAGGAGAAGGACGCGGCCGCACCAGCUGAUGGGGUCAUGGCCUCAGAGGAAAUGGGCAGUGCCGAGGGGGACCCCCUGAAACCCCCUGAAGGAGCCUCUGCAGGGCCAGAGCUGGAGAGCACGGGCAUGGAGGGACCUCCCGAGGCUGGCAGCCCGCUGGGCCGCCGCUGUGCCCUCUGCAACUGUGGGGACUGGAGCCUACACGGGCAGCGGGAGCUGCAGCGCUUCGAGCCGGCGCCCGACUGGCCUGAGUGGCUGGUGGGCCACGAGCCCCCUGAUGGGCCUGGCCAGCCUGCCCCAGGGCCCAACCAGCUCCCCCCAGAGCCAGAGCUGGUGGGUGAUGGCCUGGCACAGAUUGGCUUCUCCGAGGGGGUGACCCCAGUGCAGCUCUUCGAGCCAACAGGGCACUGCUGGGUGCAUCACUGGUGUGCGGCCUGGGCAGGUGGUGCAGGGCUGGAGGUGGCCGGCGUGGCCAGAGCUGUUUUCUCAGGGAUCUCACAGAAAUGUGAACGCUGCGGGCGGGCGGGGGCCACCAUCCCGUGCCGGGCGGCCGCCGGCUGCUCCCGCCUCUACCACUUCCCCUGUGCUGCCGCCAGCGGCUGCUUCCAGUCCAUGAAGACCCUGCGGCUGCUCUGCCCCGAGCACGUGUCUGAGGCUGUGGACAUGGAGGACGCAAGGUGCUCGGUGUGCAAAGGGCCGGGUGACCUGCGGGACCUGGUGUUCUGCACCAGCUGCGGGCAGCACUUCCACGGGGCCUGCCUGGACAUCUCCCUGACGCCUCGCAAGCGCUCGGGCUGGCAGUGCCCCGAGUGCAAAGUGUGCCAAACCUGCAGGCAACGUGGCCAGGACUCUGUGAUGAUGGUGUGCGAGGCAUGUGACAAGGGCUACCACACCUCCUGCAUGGAGGCAGCCACCCAGGGCCUCCCCAUCGGCUCCUGGAAGUGCAAGGACUGCUGGGUCUGCUCAGACUGUGGCCAGCACCCCGUGGGGCUCGACUCCAGCUGCCAUUGGUCCCCAGAGUCUGCGGUGUGCGGGGACUGCCAGCAGCGCCGUGCCACGGCUGAUGUCCCCACGGUGCCAGAAGACUCGCCACAGCCUGACCCACCCGCCCAGACGUCAGAGUCCCCUGCCCCCAGCAAGCCGACGGAUGUGCCCAUGCCCCUGCCUGAGCUGGAGCCCGUGGGGGGUGACAAGGAGACGCAGCCCCUCGUGGACCCCAGCGAGACAGCCCCAGACCCCCAAGAGGCACCCCCAGACCCCAAGGAGGCUCCUCUAGGCAGUGCCGAAUCUCCUCCUGGCGAGCUGGCCUCUGUGGAGGUGCCCCCCAGUGAGGGACCCCCCGAAGAGCUGCCUUCUGAGGAUUUGCCCCUCGAUCAGCGGCCCCCCAACAUGCAGCCCCCUGACAUUCAGGCUCCUGAUGUGCAGCCCCCUGAGGAGCCCCUUGCUCUCAUGCUGCCACCCGAGGAGCCUCCCUCUGAGGAGCUGCCCCUCGAGACACCAUCCUUUGCUGAGCUUCCCCCUGACAGACCCUCCCCUGAGGAGUUGCCCCCCAGUGAACCACCCCACAAUGAGCUGCCCCUCGAUGUCCCUCCCCUUGCUGAGCUGCCCCCUGAGAAACCAGCGUUUGAAAAGUCACCCCCCCAUGAGCUGCCCCCUGAAGUACUACCCAUUGGCAAAUCACCCCCUGACGAGUUGCCCCCCAAUGGGUCACCUCCCAAACCCCCCCUUGAGGAGCCCCCCCUCGAGGAGCUGUCCCCCAAGGAGCCACCCCUCGAGGAGCUGCCCCCCAGUGAGCUGCCCCUCAGUGAACCAACCCCUGUCGAGCUGCUCCCUAAGGAGCCUCCUCCCGAAGUGCUGCCCCCUGAGAAGCUGAGCCCUGAAGAGCCCCCCUUUGUUGAGUUACCCCCUGAAGAGCCAGUCCCCAGUGAGCUGCACCCUGAGGAGGACCUGAAACCACCAGGUCUCCUCCCCGAGGUGGCAGUGGCAGAGGAAGCACCAGCCCUGGCUCCAGAGGUGCUGCCCGAGGAGGAGAUGGAGCUGGAGCCAGAGCCCUCGUUGCCCCCUGAGAUUACACCCCCACCCUCAGCUCCCCCAGCUCUCCGUGCUAUCUCACCUGCACGGACCCCAGUACCCUCCCCUGAUGCCAAGGAGGAUGAGGUGCUCGAGCCUCCCACCCCAGCCCUGCCUGAGCUCCCCAGCAGCCCUGGCACCGCCAUGGACACCGACCCCCCUGGCUCCCCACCGCCACCCCUGGGCUCCCCUGCCAUCACCCUGGCCCCGGCUGAGCCACCUGAGGAUGAGGAGAUGGAGAUGGCUGGUGGUGAGAGGGAGUCCCCAGUCAGCCCCCCUGGAGAUGCCCCCCAUGGAAGCCCAGCCCCUGAGCUGGGGCCCUUCCCAGGCCUGCCUGAGGAGGAGGAAGAGGAAGAAGAAGAGGCGCCAAGGCUAGAGAGGGAGGGCACCAGUGGAAGCUCCCCACCACUCAGUGAGGAGGAAGCGCUGGAUGAGGGCCGGGCUGGGGGGGACCCUGAAGUCAAGGGGUCUCCUUCGGGGUCACCCCUACUCCUGGAACCGGAGGAGUUGGGCCCUGAGACCCCCAUGGAGGUGUGCACUACUGGCGAGAAGCUGCUGGGGCAAGGAGACGAGGGGUGCCCUGAGCCCCCUGCGCUACGCCCUCGACCUGACAUCCUCAACGAGAUCUCCAACUUGAGCCAGGGGGAUACAAGCAGCAGCUUCCCUGGCUCGGAGCCACUGCUAGGAUCCCCGGAUCCUGAAGGUGGGGGGUCACUGUCCCCUGAGCUGGGCCCAGCCUCAGCUGACGCCAGCCUGCAGAAGGAGGACGCUGGGUCGCUGCCGCUGGGUGCCGAGACUGAUGACUCGCUGCUCUUCGAGCCAGCAGCCAAGGGUGACGGGGACAAGAGCCGGCGCCGCAGCUCUCCGGGGCGCUCCCGUGUCAAGCAGGGUCGCAGCAGCAGCUUCCCUGGGCGGAGACGUCCCCGAGGUGGGUCCCACGGGGGCCGAGGCCGGGGCCGUGCACGCCUGAAGUCGACCACCUCGUCUGUUGACACCUUAGCACUUGCUGAUGUGGAGAGCUCGCCCAGCAAGGAGGAGGACGAGGAUGAUGACGACACAAUGCAGAACACGGUUGUCCUCUUCUCCAACACUGACAAGUUUGUGCUCAUGCAGGACAUGUGCGUGGUGUGCGGCAGCUUCGGGCGUGGGGCCGAGGGGCAUCUCCUCGCCUGCUCCCAAUGCUCCCAGUGCUACCACCCCUACUGUGUCAACAGCAAGAUCACCAAGGUGAUGCUGCUGAAGGGCUGGCGCUGCGUGGAGUGUAUCGUGUGCGAGGUGUGCGGCAAAGCCUCCGACCCCUCACGCCUGCUGCUCUGCGACGACUGUGACAUCAGCUACCACACCUACUGCCUGGACCCGCCGCUGCAGACGGUGCCCAAGGGCGGCUGGAAGUGCAAGUGGUGUGUGUGCUGCGUGCAGUGUGGGGCUGCAUCCCCUGGCUUCCACUGCGAGUGGCAGAAUAACUACACGCACUGCGCACCCUGCGCCAGCCUCGUCGUCUGCCCCUUCUGCCGUGAGAAGUACGUGGAGGACGACCUGCUCAUCCAGUGCCGGCACUGCGAUCGGUGGCUGCAUGCUGCAUGUGACAGCCUCUUCACUGAGGAGGAGGUGGAGCAGGCUGCAGAUGAAGGCUUUGACUGCAGCGCCUGCCAGCCCUACGUGGUCAAACCUGUACCCACGCCUUCUGCAGAGAUGAUCAAAGCCAAGGAUCCAGAGCCCCAGUAUUUCCGUUUCGAGGGUGUGUGGCUGACGGAGACAGGGAUGGCCGUGCUGCGCAACCUGACCCUGUCACCUCUGCACAAGCGGCGGCAGCGCAAGGGCCGCCCAGGCACCCUCAACGGGGAUGGGGGGCUGGAGGGGAGUGACCCCCUGGGCCCUGAGGACAAGAAGGACGGAGACCUGGACACUGAUGAGCUGCUCAAAGCUGAGGUGGGUGUGGAGCACAUGGAGUGUGAGAUCAAGCUUGAGGCUCCAGCCAGCCCUGACCGCGAUGUUGGAGCUGAUGGGGACUCGGGGAAGGGGCUGGAGGACCCUGAGGAGUGCAAGAAGAGGAAGCGCAAACCGUACCGGCCUGGCAUUGGUGGGUUCAUGGUGCGUCAGCGCAAAUCCCACACACGGCUCAAGAAGGUCUCAGCGGUGCUGCCGGACGUGGGGCGCGAGGGGCUGAGCACCGAGGGACACCCUGAGGAUGGGGCUCCAGGUGAUGUCCCAGCCGAGGCUGGCCUGGAUCCAGGCUCAGGAGAGGGGGAUGAGAAGAAAAAGCGCCGGGGACGGAAGAAGAGCAAGUUGGAGGACAUGUUCCCACCAUACCUGCAGGAAGCGUUUUUUGGGAAGGCACUGAUGGACCUGAGCCGGAAGGCGCUGCUGGCAGCAGGCGGGGUGGGGGAUGGGGCUGCCCGCCCCUCCUUGGGCCAGAGUGCCCCAAGGCCCAAGGGGGACCCCAACCUCGCUGGGGCACUGCAGGGGGGCACCCUGGACAGGAGGGAGACCCCUACCCACCCCCGAGGGGACGACAGCACUGACGGCAGCGCUGCUGCUCCCGAUGAUGAUGGCAAGGACGACGCAAAGGCUGAGGAGCUGGGGGCUGAUGAGCCAAAGGAUUCUCCAGACCGUGGAGACACUGAAAAGCCAGCCACCCCGGGCGAGGGAGCGCUAAGCUCUGACCUCGACAAGAUCCCCACGGAAGAGCUGCCCAAGAUGGAGAGCAAAGACGUGCAGCAGCUCUUCAAGGACGUGCUGGGCUCAGCGGAGCGCGGGGAGCAGCCCCUCAACUGCGUGGCCACGGGUAUGGAGGCUGGGCAGGACCCCAGCCGAGCACAGCGGCCGUUCCUGCAAGGAGACCUCCAGCUCUCGGGGCAGGGGAGCGUUUCCCUGGGCUCACUCUCCGGAUCCGUCUCCUUGGACUCAUACUCGGGGGUCUGCCAGUCCCCAUUCCUCGAUAACAGGGAGCGGAGUGGUUUUUUCAGCCCAGACCACUGCGAACCUGAGAGCCCCUGGGCCAGCAGCUCGGCCGCCACCACCCCCUCGACCCCCACAACACCCACGACAGAGGGCGAGGGUGACGGGCUGUCCUACAACCAGCGCAGUUUGCAGCGCUGGGAGAAGGAUGAGGAGCUGGGAGAGCUCUCCACCAUCUCCCCUGUCCUCUACGCCAACAUGAACUUCCCCAACCUGAAGCAGGAUUAUCCUGGACUCCCAGACUGGUCGAGCCGCUGCAAACAGAUCAUGAAGCUCUGGAGGAAAGUCCCUGCCACGGACAAAGCCCCGUAUUUGCAAAAGGCCAAAGAUAACCGAGCGGCUCAUCGCAUCAACAAGGUGCAGAAGCAGGCCGAGAGCCAGAUCAACAAGCAGACCAAAGGGGAGGGACUGCGCAAGCCUGAGAGGCCCUCGCUGCACCUGCGGAUCCCGGUGCCGUCAGGGGCACAGCCCGUCUACAUCAGCAGCCCCCCUGCCACUAGCGAGGGCUUCCUGAAGCCCCCAGCUGGUGCCGGAGGGGGACCAGAGUCUCCCAGCGAGCUCUUCCUCAAGCUCCCACCCCAGUCCCCUGCCCAAGUGCCUUCGCACGAUCCCUAUGGCGUGGCCUCUGCCUACACGCUGGAGCCCCGCUUCCCUUCGCCCCUGGGCCAGAGCCCCACGUCAAGUGCUGCCUUCCAGCCCUUCCCUGGCCAGCCCCAGCCCCUCACAGCCCCCCGUGCUCCCCCUGAUUUCCACCCCACCCCACCUGGCACCCCCCGGCACCAACCUGGCACCCCUGACCCCUUCCUGAAGCCCCGGUGCCCCUCCUUGGACAACCUCUCGGUGCCAGGGAGUCCUGGGGCACGGCCUCCUGAGGCCUUGCUCUCUCCCCUGCCUUUUGGGGAGCAGAAGAAGGGUCUGGAGGUGAAGAAGGAGGAUGGGGGGAGCCUGGGGGUCUGCUCACCCGGCUACACUUCUGCCAUGGGCUACGGGGACUCUCCCGGCGGCCCCCACCUCUCGGCUGCAGAGCUGAAGACGGCCGACGUCUUCAAAGCCCCCAUGACCCCACGGGUCUCUCAGGUAGAGCCGCAGAGCCCAGGGCUGGGGCACCGGCCCCCCGACCCCCAUCCCCUGGCCCCCUCACCCCCUGGCCACCCUGAUCUCUACCGUCAGUCACCCUACAUGGACCCUUACUCGCAGCCCCCACUGACGCCCCGGCUGCAGCCCCCCGAGGCCUGCUGCGCCCUCCCACCCCGCUCCCUGCCCUCUGAACCCUUCUCCCGCAUCCCUGCCAGCCCCCAGUCCCAAUCCAGCUCCCAGUCCCCUCUGACCCCCCGCCCUCUCUCAAAUGAAGCCUUCUGCCAGUCUCCUGUCACCCCUCGCUUCCAAUCCCCGGAUCCCUACUCCCAGCCACCCUCCCGGCCACAGUCCCGGGACCCCUUCACUCCCCUGCACAAGCCCCCCCGUCCACAGAUGCCAGAGCCGGGGUUCAAGUCACUGGGUGUGGCUGGCGGAGGUUUUGGGGGCACCCCAGCAGGUGACCCCCAUGCCAAGGCACCUGCUGGGCCACAGCCACCCUUCGCCCGCUCGCCUGGUGCCAGCGUAUUCCCAGGGAGCCAGCCCCCCAUGCGCUUCACCUUUCCUCCGGCCGUCUCAGAGCCGCUCAAGGGCUCCCCAUCCCACCAGCCCCAUGGGAUCAACAGCCAUUACAGCUCUGGGAAGCCCCAGAGCUCGGCCUACGCCUCGUCCCCCAGCUUCCACCAGGCAAGCAGCCCGCUGGACCCUGGCACUGCUGCCCAUGACUCCUACAGCCUCUCACCUCUGCGACCCCCAUCGGUGCUGCCACCACAGCCUCCGGCCCCCCAGCAGCAGCAGGACACUUCUGGAGCCUUCCUGCCUCGCACUGUCCUGGGACUGACAGCUGACAAGAGAGAGGAGGUGGCUGUGGGGCUCUCAGCACCCCCAAACCGGGACCUGGCAGAGCUGCCCAGUGGCCAGGAUGGGGCUCUGGGCACCAUGAGCCAGUCAGAGCUGGAGAAGCAGCGGCAGCGCCAGCGGCUCCGGGAGCUGCUCAUCCGCCAGCAGAUCCAGCGGAACAGCCUUCGUCAGGAGAAAGAGAGCGCGGCUGCUGCCGCUGCCUCCUCCUCCUCACCAGCUGGCUGGGCCCCUGAGGCCGGCGGACAGAACUUCGAGCUGAGCCGGGGCAUGGCCCCGUACCAACCAGCGCAGGACAAGGCUCUCCUUGGGACUUUGGCCACAGCAGCCGGUGCUGGGAAGCUCCCUGGCUCUGUCAUGGUGCAAGCAGCAUUUGCACAGGACGAGCGGCUCUCCCGGCCCCCGCCGGCGGCCACGCCAGCCAUGCUGGACAUCAGCGGGCGGGCGGCGGUGGGGCCCCCCCAGGCCUUCUACCCCCGUGGGGUCUUCCCAUCGCCAUCCCCACAGCAGCAGCAGCAGCAGCAGCACCUCUGGCAGCAGCAGCAACAACAAGCGGCUGUGGCGGCACUGCGGCUCCCUGUCACCUCCCGCUUCGUCCCCCCGGCCACUGGGACCCCCAUGGGCAGCCUGGGCACCCGCCUGCCCACCCCUGUCGAGGCCGUGCCCCCCUCACCAGCUGCCCUGGGUGCUCCCUUCAUCGAGCUGCGACAUAACAUGCAGAAGGGACCUGGGGGUGUCGUGGGGUCCCCCUUUGCGCCCCAGGCACCCCGGCCUCGCUUCUUCCUGCCCGGGGAUGAAGGCACCCCCCAGGCCCUGUGCACCCCUGCCAUGCCCAUGCAGGCGCUGCCAUCCCAGAAGGUUCCAGCACCGCUGCCACCUGCAUCCCCACAGGGAGCUGAGAUGGGCAACAGCCACCAGCAGCCCCAUGCCAAGGUGGCCCCGCCGCUGCAGGCCCCCACCCUGGAGCUGCAGCAGCACAUGCCCCCACGCCCACUGUCCUCUGGUGCCACCCUCCACCCCGACGGUCCCAAGGAUGGCCCUGCUCUAGACCCUGCACCAGCCCCAGGGAAGAGCCACCUAAGCCUGGAGGGGGGGCGGCUACCUUGCGAGGUGCCCGUGGAGCCCGAUUUGGAUGAUGACUUCGGCUCCCACAAGGACUUGGAAGAUGAUGAUGAUUUGGCCAACCUUAGCUUGGAUCCGGAUGUGGCCAAAGGGGACGAUGACUUGGACAAUUUGGACAGCCUGGAGACAGCAGACCCCCACCUUGAUGACCUGCUGAAUGGUGAUGAGUUCGACCUGCUGGCCUACACUGACCCUGAGCUGGACACAGGUGACAAGAAGGACAUCUUCAACGAGCACCUGCGCCUGGUUGAGUCGGCCAACGAGAAGGCUGAGCGUGAGGCCCAGCUCAAGACAGAACCGCCAGCACCCACCAUGAAGCUCCCUGACGCUGGGGACAGCAAAGAUGUAACCCCAUCUACAGAGGAGCAGGAGAUGUCCAAGGAAGGAUUGGUAUCUGGGAUGGGCUUGGGACUCUCUGCCUGCCCCACGGGCACUGUGCUGGCCCCUGACCCAGCUUUCAAGGCACAGGGUGCAGAGGCAAAGGCCAGCUCACUGCCCACUGAUGUCAAGCCCAAGCUGGAGGACAGGUGCCUGAAGACCUCGCCCUGCCAGUUCACCACUUCUGGUCCUGAGUGCCUCCCAGUGCCGGUCAAGUCAGAAGCACUGCAGGGCACAGAUAAAAUCUCUGCCUCCCUGGGCCUGAGUGUCAAACCUGGCCAGACCCUCCUGAGCUCCAGCACCGGUCCCACUCGCCUCAGCCUGACUCAGUUCUCCAGCAGUGGCCACACUGGUGUCCCUGUGCUGGAGAAGGACCCCUACCCUGGCCCUGGCCGUGGGCUGGCAACUGCCCAGCUGGGUGGCCAGAGCAACCCCUUGCUGGACAAGUUCGAGCUGGACAGCGGAGCCUUGGGGCUGGGUAGUGCCCGGCACUCGCCAGCAGAUGACUUGGACAAAAUGGAGAGCUCAUUGGUGGCCAGCGAACUGCCGCUGCUCAUUGAGGACCUCCUGGAGCAUGAGAAGAAGGAGCUGCAGAAGAAGCAGCAGAUGUCGGCCCACUUGCCCCGUGGCACCCCCCACCUCUCAGCCCCGGGGCACCCCAUGCUGCACACAGGGGCAUCUGGGCAGCCUCCCGAGGGGCAGCCGCCCCGUUUGGGCACCCCACAGACACCCCUCCAGCUGGGGCUGGUGGCCCGGCCGCCACUGCUGCCACCACAACCCCCCCGGCUCAAUGCACCCCAGCAGGGCCCAGCUCUGGCCCCCCACAUGGGCAUGGGCUCUGGGCAGCCUCAUGUGCUGUCAUCCCCCCAUGGGGUACAGGUGGCCCUGGGGCAGCCUCAGCAGAGCCAGCAGCAGGUGCUGGUGCAGAAGCCAAUGGCUGGGGUACAGCCCCCCACCCUGGGCCUGAAGCCCCCCCAGCUCGUCAUGCAACAGCAGUUGGCCAACAGCUUCUUCCCAGACACAGACCUGGACAAGUUUGCGGCCGAGGACAUCAUGGACCCCAUUGCCAAGGCCAAGAUGGUGGCACUGAAGGGCAUCAAGAAGGUGAUGGCUCAGGGUAGCAUCGGGGUGGCCCCAGGCAUGAACAGGCAACAGGUUUCCCUGCUGGCCCAGCGGCUCUCGGGGGGACCAGCUGUCUCUGAGAUGCAGAACCACUUAUUGGCAGGGAGUGGGCAGGAGCGGAGCGGCACAGACCCGACCCAGGCUCGCCCCAACCCACCCACCUUUGCACAGGGCGUCAUCAAUGAGGCCGACCAGCGCCAGUAUGAGGAGUGGCUGUUCCACACGCAGCAGCUGCUGCAGAUGCAGCUGAAGGUGCUGGAGGAGCAAAUUGGGGCACACCGCAAAUCCCGCAAGGCACUGUGUGCCAAGCAGCGCACGGCCAAGAAAGCUGGGCGGGAGUUCCCUGAGGCAGAUGCUGAGAAGCUGAAGCUGGUGACAGAGCAGCAGAGCAAAAUCCAGAAGCAGCUGGACCAGGUGCGGAAGCAGCAGAAGGAGCACACCAACCUCAUGGCUGAGUACCGCAACAAACAGCAGCAGCACCAGCACCAGGCCUCAGCCGUGAUGGCCCUGAGCCCCUCGCAGAGCCCCCGCCUCAUGUCCAAGCUGCCAGGACAGCUCCUUCCAGCACACGGCGUGCAGCAGCCCGGGGGAGCCCUGGUGGGAGCACAGGGCCUCGGGCAGCAGCCGGGGCAGCCUGGAGGGCUGCGCCUGCCCCAGGGCGGUGUGUCCAUGGCUGUGCAGCCGGGCCUGUCCUUCAUGGGGCAGCAGCCCGUGGGGAACACCCCGGGACCUGGCUCCUCCGGCGCCUUCUUCAGUGGGAACCCCGCUCUGCGUGGGCUGGCCGCUGACAGCCGCCUGAUGCAGGAGCGGCAGCUCCAGAGGAUGCAGCUGGCACAGAAACUGCAGCAGCAGAACAUGCUGGGACAGGUGUCACUGCAGCAGCAGCCAGGUGUAAUGGGACAGACGUCAAUGCAACAGCCAGGUGUGAUGGGACAGGUGUCGCUGCAGCAGCCAGGUGUGAUGGGACAGGCGGCCAUGCAGCAACAGGGCGUGAUGGGACAAACAUCAAUGCAACAACCGGGUGUGAUGGGACAGGCAGCCAUGCAGCAAUCAGGUGUGAUGGGACAGACGUCACUGCAGCAAUCAGGUGUCAUGGCACAAGCAUCGAUGCAGCAGCAGGGCGUGAUGAGUCAAACCUCCAUGCAGCAGCCAGGUGUGAUGGGACAGGCAUCGCUACAGCAGCCAGGUGUGAUGGGACAGGCAUCGCUACAGCAGCCAGGUGUGAUAGGACAGACGUCGAUGCAGCAACAGGGCGUGAUGGGUCAGGCAUCCAUGCAACAGCCAGGUGUGAUAGGACAGAGCUCAAUGCAGCCACAGAGCAUCAUGGCACAGACGUCCAUGCAGCAGCCAGGUGUGAUGGGACAAGCUUCAAUGCAACAGGCAGGUGUGCUGGCCCAGACAUCGCUGCAGCAGCCAGGCAUGAUGGGCCAGGCAUCCCUGCAGCAGCCAGGUGUGCUGGGCCAGGCCCCAGUGCAGCCACCAGCCGUGCCGGGGCAGCCUGGCCUGCUGGGGCAGCAGCAGCAGCAGCCGCCCCCAGCUCCACAGCCCAGCGCAGGGGCUCAGCCCAUGGUGCCGAAGCAGCCGGGGCUGCUAGGCAGCCAGCAGAGCCUCCUAAUGCAGCAGCUCUCGCCCCAGCAGCAGCCAGGUGUGCUGGGCCACACACCAGGGCUGCAGCACCAGCCUGUGCUGGGCCACCCCCAACCGCAGCGCCAGGUUGUCCUGGCCCAACACCAGCAGCGGGUGCUGGGCUCGCCCCAGCUGCCACCACAGACACCAGGGAUGCUGAGCCACCGGCUCGUGCUAUCCCAGCAGCUGGGGCAAUCUCGGGCACUGUUGGCCCCACAGCAGCAGCAGAAUUCAGCGGCUGCCCAGCCAGGGCUCCUGGGGCUGGGCCAGGGGCAGCCCUCAAUCCAGCACUUUCCGCAGCAUGGGGCGGGGGGCCAGGCCCCCUCUGUGCUGCACCUGAGUCAGGGAAUGCAGCCAGCCCCGGCGGUCCUGGCUGCCAAGGACCAGCCCACGGGGAUGGAUGGCAGCACCCUGCACGCUGAGGGCGGUGAGAGCGGGGGGCAGCUCCACGGGGAGCAGCAGGGCUCCCUCAACCCCCCGGGACUGGGGGGCCCGGAGCCCCCAGCCCCCAAGCAUCAGGCUGAGCUGGGGCAGGGCCAGCAGCUCCUCUUGACCUCCCCCCAGCCUGCUGUCUUGCGGGCAGCUCCUGGGCAGCCAGGUGCCCUACUCGCCCCACCGCUGCAGAGCCCUGGAGCUGUCCACCCCGAGCUGCCCCAGCAGCAUGGGGACACAGCCGGGGUGGCAGAGCAACCACUGGGCUAGCUGCCAGGCAAGGGAGUGGCAGGGGCUCUGCCGGGGCAGCCGCAGCCUCUGCGGCUCCAGAGCCCCAUUCAGCACAAAGUCGGGCCGGCGUCGGGCACGGCCACUCUUCCGCCAGGUCUCCUGGGACAGGUGCCGGGGCCAGUGAUGGGCCAGAUCCGGGCACAACUCCAGGGUGUCCUGGCCAAGAACCCGCAGCUGCGGCAUCUGACGCCCCAGCAGCAGCAGCAGCUCCAGGCGCUCCUGGUGCAGCGGCACCAGCAGAGCCUGCUGCAGCAGAAUCAGGCACUACGGACCCCUGGCCCCUUCCCUGGGCAGGCCCCGGACUACAGCUUGCCUGCUACCCGCCAGCCCCCUCGUCCCAUGGGGUCCCUUUUCCAGCCCCGGCCAGGUGCCCCAGCAGAGGCACAGACCAGCUCUGCCACCGAGCCAGGGCGGGUGCUGCCAGGGCAGCCCCCCCAGCAGCCCCUGGCUGAGCUAGUUCAGGCAGCUCUGGCUGCCCGUGGCCCCCAGCCUGGCCUCAUCCGCCUCCCCACGCCACCAGCCCCCUCACCCCUGGGCAGCGCCCCCCAGCACCUGGCUAGCCCUGAGCAGAGCCCCCAAGAGCCAAAGAAGACGUCGCCGGGAGUCCCAGCCUUGGCCCCCAGCCCUGCGACACCCACAGAGCCAGGACUGACUCCCAUGCCAAGCGGUGCCCUCCCUGACCCAGCACAUGGCCCCUGGGAUCCCGAUGCACCUGGGGUGGACCCAGCUGACCCCAGUGAGACCCACAUCAAUGGGGCUGUGCCAGAGGGGACCCCUGCAGCAGGCAAAGCACCCCACGUGUUGGUGAAGCAGGAACCGAAGGAAGAAGUGGCGGCAGUGACACAGUGUGAGGUGGAUGGAGACGAGUCGGCGAAACCAGAGGCCAAUGGGGACCCUGGGGACAGCCAAGCCAAUAGUCUGCUGGCCCCAGGUGGGCGCUCCGAGGCUGGACACCUGCUGCUGCAGAAGCUACUGCGGGCCAAGAACGUGCAGCUGUCAGCGCAGAGCCCAGGCGAGCUCAAUGGGCACAUAGAAAACCGGAGCACUGGGACAGAGCCACGGCCGCAGUCACUGCUGCUGGGUCGGGAGGACCCCUCCAUUGCCAGGAAGCCAGCACCCACCAAGCCUAAGCGGGUGCAGAAAGGCAACGAGCGCAUCCCAGCAUCACGCAAGAAGCUGCGGAAGGAUGAGGGGCUGCGUCCUGGUGAGGCCCUCAUGAAGCAGCUGAAGCAGGAGCUGUCGCUGCUGCCACUGACAGAGCCGACCAUCAUGGCCAACUUCAGCCUCUUCGCACCCUUCGGCAGCAGCCCUAUCAACGGCAAGAGCCAGCUGCGGGGCACCUUCGGCAGUGCUGUGCUCGACAGCGUCCCUGACUACUACUCCCAGCUGCUCACCAAGAACAACCUCAGCAACCCACCCACGCCACCCUCCUCGCUGCCCCCCACGCCCCCUCCCUCCGUGCAGCAGAAGAUGGUGAAUGGUGUCACGGCCCCUGAAGAGCUGGGGGAGCAGCCCAAGGAUGCUGACCCAGCCCGUGAACCCCACAGCCAGAAAGAUGCACCAGCUGUGGAGGUGAAGAGCCUGGACCUGCUGGCAGCACUGCCUACCCCUCCACACAAUCAGACUGAAGACGUCAGGAUGGAGAGUGACGACGAGAGUGACUCCCCUGACAGCAUCGUCCCUGCUUCAUCCCCUGAGAGUGUCCUGGGCGAGGAGCUGCUGCGCUUCCCACUUCUCAGUGAGGCUAAGCCAGAGCUGGAGGAGCGUGUGCUGUCCCCCAUCAUCCCCAUCAUCCCCCGGGCCAGUAUCCCAGUGUUCCCUGACACAAAACCCUAUGAGGUCGCAGAGCCCUUUGGUGCUCCACUAGGGAAGGUGGGGGCAGCAGGCCCUGGAGCCCCAUGGGAGAAGGGCAAGAGCAGUGAAGUCUCUGUCAUGCUGACGGUGUCUGCAGCAGCUGCCAAGAACCUCAAUGGGGUGAUGGUGGCCAUGGCUGAGCUGCUGAGCAUGAAGAUCCCUAGCUCCUACGAGGUGUUGUUCCCUGACGGCCCUGUGCGAGCAGCUGUAGUUGAGGCCAAGAGGAUGGAGGCUGAUAUGGCCGGAAUGCUCGGAGGGAAGGAGAAGGCGCUGGCUGGGAAGGUGCCAGACAGCAGCUCUGAGUGGCUGAAGCAGUUUGAUGCGGUGCUGCCAGGGUACAGCCUCAAGGGUGAGCUGGACCUCCUGACACUGCUCAGACAGGAGAGCCCUGCUCCUGAGAAGACCCUUCACCACUGCUACGUUAACAACGUCUCCAACCUGGAUGUGCGGCAGCUCUCUGUCCUGCCCCAGGAGCCCUCGCCCCCGCUGUCCCCCUCCGUUCCCUCCCCAUCCAGCCCCGCUGAGCCCAACAGGGUCCCUGACCCCGAGGCAUCCCACGAGGCAGCCCCAGCCCCGUUGUCACCACUGCCACCAGCCCCCUCACCAGCCCCCCAGGAGGAAGGGGCUGCAGCUGCCCACUCGCCGCCCCGUUUCAAGCCACGCUCGCGGCCUCCGGAGGACGGGGAUGAGGCGAGGCCACGGCUGAAGAAGUGGAAGGGGGUGCGCUGGAAACGGCUGCGCUUCCUCGUCACCAUCCAGAAAGGGGGGGCCAAGCGUGAUGGCGACAAGGAGAUCGCCGAGUUCAUUGACAAACUGGGCACCACGCUGCGCCCCGAAAAGGUGCCACAGGACCUGCGCAAGUGCUGUUUCUGUCACGAGGAGGGUGAUGGGGCCACGGACGGGCCGGCCCGCCUGCUCAACCUUGACCUCGACCUCUGGGUCCACCUGAACUGUGCCCUUUGGUCCACCGAAGUGUAUGAGACUCAGGGAGGGGCCCUAAUCAACGUGGAAGUCGCCCUACACCGUGGGCUGCUCACCAAGUGCUCCCUGUGCCAGAAAACUGGUGCCACCAACAGCUGCAACCGCAUCCGCUGCCCCAGCGUGUACCACUUUGCCUGCGCCAUCCGCGCCAAGUGCAUGUUCUUCAAGGACAAAACCAUGCUGUGUCCCCUGCACAAGCUGAAGGGGCCCUGCGAGCAGGAGCUCAGCAGCUUCACUGUGUUCCGCCGUGUCUACAUCGAGCGGGACGAGGUGAAGCAGAUCGCCAGCAUCAUUCAGCGUGGGGAGCGGCUCCACAUGUUCCGCGUGGGCGGGUUGGUCUUCCAUGCCAUCGGGCAGCUGCUGCCACACCAGAUGGCCGAUUUCCAUAGCGUCACAGCUCUCUACCCCGUGGGCUAUGAGGCCACUCGCAUCUACUGGAGCCUGCGGACCAACAACCGCCGCUGCUGCUACCGCUGCACCAUCUGCGAGAACAACGGGCGCCCCGAGUUUGUCGUACAGGUCAUCGAGCAGGGCCUGGAGGAUCUUGUCUUCUCUGACUCCUCGCCACAAGCUGUGUGGAACCGGAUCAUCGAGCCAGUGGCAAUGAUGAGGAAGGAGGCCGACAUGCUGCGACUCUUCCCUGAGUACCUGAAGGGCGAGGAGCUCUUCGGCCUCACGGUGCACGCGGUGCUGCGCAUUGCUGAGUCGCUGCCGGGUGUUGAGAGCUGUCAGAACUACCUGUUCCGCUACGGGCGCCAUCCUCUGAUGGAGCUGCCGUUGAUGAUCAAUCCCACUGGCUGUGCCCGCUCUGAGCCCAAGAUCCUCACCCACUACAAGCGGCCCCACACUCUGAACAGCACAAGCAUGUCCAAGGCCUACCAGAGCACGUUCACGGGCGAGACCAACACGCCCUACAGCAAGCAGUUUGUGCACUCCAAGUCCUCCCAGUACCGGCGCCUGAAGACGGAGUGGAAGAACAAUGUGUAUCUGGCGCGGUCCCGCAUCCAGGGGCUGGGGCUCUAUGCGGCCAAGGACAUCGAGAAGCACACGAUGGUCAUCGAGUACAUCGGCACCAUCAUCCGCAAUGAGGUGGCCAACCGACGGGAGAAGAUCUAUGAGGAGCAGAACCGUGGUAUUUAUAUGUUCCGCAUCAACAAUGAGCACGUCAUUGAUGCCACGCUGACGGGGGGCCCGGCCAGGUACAUCAACCACUCAUGUGCCCCAAACUGUGUGGCCGAAGUCGUGACCUUUGACAAGGAGGACAAGAUCAUCAUCAUCUCCAGCCGGCGCAUCCCCAAGGGGGAGGAGCUCACCUACGACUACCAGUUUGACUUUGAGGAUGAUCAGCACAAGAUCCCCUGCCACUGUGGAGCUUGGAAUUGCAGGAAGUGGAUGAACUAACUGGGAAAAGGGAGCUGGGGGCUGCCAUCCCCGCCUCAGAGACCUCACCGAGCCCCCCAGGGCUGCAGGAGGUGCCAGGGGCGGCCGGGCACUGAGGGAGAGUAGCAGCUGCAGUGCUGCAGGCCCUGCCCGAGCAGGACGGACGGACAGAUGAACUGGCAACUCAGGGUUUUCUUUGCUUCGUCCUGCGAGGAAAAAAAAAGGAGUGAAGGGGGCUCAGAAAUGCCCCCUUCACCACCCCCUGCCUGCCUCCCUUAUGGGGGAGCCAUGGGGGAGCAGGGCUGGGCCCAGCGCGGCUGGAGCGAUUGUGCGGAGCCGGUCUGGAUAUAACGAUUAUUUUAUUUCUUUUUUUUUUUCUUUUUUUUCUUUUUUUUUUUUUUUUUUUUUUUUUUUUUUUUUUUUUAGAAACUAAUAAUAUUUGCUCGCUAAUUACCAAGGUAACACAGACUCCUUGAGCUCGACAAUCCGGGCUCUGCCCUGCCAGUGUGGCGGCCAGAGCUCGCUUGGUUCCUUUGAUCUCUUUUUGUUUGUGCGUGUGGACGAGACCCCGGAGCGGCGGCGGGAUGCAGCCAAGACCCCGACAGACACAAGGAGCUUCUGCACCCAAACCUACCUCAUUUUAAGUGUUAGAUUUGUUUCUUUUUAUUUGUUGUUGUUUUUUAAAUGUGAGCCCCCCUCCAUCCCAACCUGCCCCCCCUCCCUUCCCUCUCCCUCGGGCUCCAGAGGAUGGGUUUCCUCUGUGCCCCUCCUCACAUGUGGCCCUUUGUCAGGACGCCUUGAAGGGGGGCACGGGGACACCUCCUCGUCCCCUUCCUCAGGAGGUCCCAGCCGUGUGACGUGCCAAGGUGUGAGGUGGGGAUGGGAGGGGUGAAGGGGGGGGGGGUGAGACCCCCUCCCCCAGCUCUGGUGGGGCGCUGGAGGGGUUGGGUGGGGACCCCUCCUUCUCACACGUGGCCCCCACGGUUGGAGGGGCCGGGUGGAGCCCCCCCCUGCUCGCCCCUGGCCCUCCCAGCUGGGGCUGCACUGGGGGGGGAGGUUAUUUAUCUAUUUAUACCUUACAUUGUA